CCCUCCCGUUGGCUGCAGGUCAGGCCGUGGCCCCGCCCCCUAGCCCUUCCGGCGCGCCGAUUGGCCGGUGCCCGCGACAGGCCUUCUGCGGGCGAGCGCGCUGUGCCCGCGGGAAGAGAGCGGCGCGGCUCCGGUGUGCGGGCAGCCAGCCGGCUGCAUGGCGCGCUGCGAGCGGCUGCGCGGCGCGGCCCUGCGCGACGUGGUGGGCCGGGCGCAGGGGGUCCUGUUCGACUGCGACGGGGUGCUGUGGAACGGCGAGCGCGCAGUGCCGGGCGCCCCCGAGCUGCUGGAGAGACUGGCUCAGGCUGGCAAGGCGGCGCUCUUCGUGAGCAACAACAGCCGGCGCGCGCGGCCCGAGCUGGCCCUCCGCUUCGCGCGUCUUGGCUUCGGGGGGCUGCGCUCCGAGCAGCUCUUCAGCUCCGCGCUGUGCGCCGCGCGCUUGCUGCGCCAGCGCCUGCUCGGACCUCCGGACACUCAGGGCGCGGUGUUCGUGCUGGGCGGUGAAGGGCUGCGGGCCGAGCUGCGCGCCGCCGGGCUGCGCCUGGCGGGGGACCCCAGCGAGGACCCGGGCGCGGCCCCGCGCGUGCGCGCCGUGCUUGUGGGCUACGACGAGCACUUCUCCUUCGCCAAGCUGAGCGAGGCCUGCGCGCACUUGCGCGACCCCGACUGCCUGCUGGUAGCCACCGACCGCGACCCGUGGCACCCGCUCAGCGACGGCAGCCGGACCCCCGGCACCGGGAGCUUGGCUGCCGCUGUGGAGACAGCCUCGGGCCGCCAGGCCCUGGUGGUGGGCAAGCCCAGCCCCUACAUGUUCGAGUGCAUCACAGAGCACUUCAGCGUGGACCCCGGCCGCACGCUGAUGGUGGGCGACCGCCUGGAGACUGACAUCCUCUUCGGCCACCGCUGUGGCAUGACCACCGUGCUCACGCUCACGGGCGUCUCCCGCCUGGAGGAGGCCCAGGCCUACCUGGCGGCCGGCCAGCACGACCUCGUGCCCCAUUACUACGUGGAGAGCAUCGCGGACUUGAUGGAGGGGUUGGAGGACUGACCCACUGACGCAAGCGCAGCCACAACCCUCCCUUACCCUGUUCCCGUAGGUGGAGGAGAUGGGCCAAGAGCUGCAUUAAGGGCUACCGGCUCCCGCACCCCAGUUUCUACCCGGGUGGGACUGGAACCCAGGGAAGGAGUCAGGGUCCCCACACCCACUCUCAGCUGUGGCUGGGCACUCUUUGCUAUCCCAGAAGCUGCCCCCUCCCCUCUUACUGGUUCACCCCCGCCUGACCCAGCCAGGUGGCCUUAUAUCCUGCCCUGUGACCUCCCCGUGUUUCAGUCUGGGCCCUGCUGCCUUGUGAUCUCCCCAACCCUGAGCACUUCCGCCCUGGGGCCGCUAGAGCUUUUCCUGGGUCCUGGCCUGGGGUGCCUAUUGACCAAUCAGAGGUCUAGGUAACCAGGAAUCAUUAUUGCCCUGAGCCCUGAAUGGACCAAUCAGAAGGCUAAGUGAUAGUGAUGCAUUGCUGUUGGGUCCUGAGUGGACCAGUUGGGAGCCUAAGUGACAGUGACCUCAGUUCCUAGGUCCUGGGUAGACCAAUCAGGACCCCAGCUAGUAAUGAGCCAUUAGUCUCUUGGAUCCUAAAUAGAACAAUCUAGAAGAGAGACAGUGGCCUCUCGACUAUCUGGGUCUGACUGGACCAGCCAGGGGUCCAGAUUUCUGUUCAUAAAUAAGGGUCCAAGUGCUGAAGACACCGCUCCUCCACAAAGGGGGCCCUUAGUGACUCUGGAGGCUUCUGUAGUGAGGGCCCCACCCCUCCCUGAUCAUGGUAUCAGACCAGUGCUGAUGGUGGCCACAGCUUGGGAGUGGGGCUUUUGUGCCCCCGCCUUGCUAUCAGUGUUUGCUGUGCCACCUCUCUCCUGUGCCCACCCCAGUUAUUUAUUAUCAUGUGCCACUGAUGGUGGGGGUGGGGGCUGAGCCUUCCCCAGCCACUUCCACCCCUGUUGUAACUGGUCCUCCCGUACUUAAUAAAGUGCGAGUAGGAGUGUC